CAGAUGGCACCACGAUGAAGUCCUACUAUCAGCCGCUCUCGAAGCGCGUCCGUGGUAACUUUACGAGCCUUGGAACUGGUAGAGGCAGUGGUAGGAUUUCGAGCAGCACGGAUGCUAAAGGGGGCAUAAAAGGAGGCACUGCGAAGCGAGUUUCAUCUCGAAGAGCAAAUGGUAGUGGGAGCACCGUUGAUCCAUACCGGACAAAGAAAUCGCCACGACAAGUUCCUGAUAGAGGACAACAAACGAACAUGAGAGCUGAAGCGAGAGAGGCCUUGACACGUGCACAGCAAGGACGACGCCGCUCAUCAGCGAAGCGGCCUAGCCUUCCGCGAAGUACGAUGGGAUCGCAGCACUGCUGUCCGCCGAUGACACCCGCGGACGAGGAUCAGGAAGAUGGUCAGGCCCAAGAGACCUCGAAGUCGCUUGUCGUGCGAACGACAGGGUCUGGUUCCGGGAAGCCUCUCCGAGUUUCAGUGUCCAAACGGAAAGGGAAUCCAGCCGCGUCCGGCACCACUGCGCGAGCGGGAUGCGAAACUUCUACGAUGCGGCAGCAAUCUGCAGGAGGAGCGUCAGGAGCAGCUCAGGCAACAGAACCACGCUCAGCGUCACCUUCAAACGGAGGUGGUCAAACUGAGGCUCUGAAAUUGUGGCAACGACAGCACACUACUGGUAGCAAUAGAGGACUCAACGACAUCCCUGCACAGGCAGCGCCGCGGCUGCAGCCCGCUGCUCAAGUGCAGUCCGCUGCUCCUGCCCAAGAUGACGGCGUGGACAGCUACGCGGCGCGCUACUCGUGGAGAAAAGCAAGACUGCGGGAGCAACAGGAAGAGGAGAAACGGACACGCGAAAGGAUGGAUCUCCUGAAGGCGCAACAAUACAGUAAACACGCGAAAACGAAUGAACAAGAACGAGAUGAAAACGAUAUCGUUGCUGCCGUAGGCACAGAAGCUCUGAUGCAGAGCAUAGAUUGCGUACUGGACGACUACGUAGAAGGGCAGGCGUCUGAAGAAGGCGAUGCGUCACCUGUCCAUGGGACCGAGAGAGAAGAUGCCGAUGCUUUCGAAAAGAUGCAGAAGGGACCGCGAGUAGUGGAAGUGAUAGAGGACCACGGGGGUGACAUUCGACGUGCGGCAGAUGCAGCUAGUAAAGAUAGUGCUGUACUACUAGAAGAUGCUGAAGACGAAAAAUCGAUCAGCCAAGAACAUGAACAGCCGGAUCCUGUUUUCGAGACAUCGCCUGCUGUAGAUCGGCUGAUUCUGGUGAAGGGUCCUCCUGGCGGUCGACGGUCUAAGAGGACGUCCUCACGACGCUCCUCUCGUUCACCCUAUAAGCAGCUGAAUAGUCUUCUAGCGGCGCAAGAAAAUGAGC